AUGCCCGAGACACCUGGUCACGGAUCAGAGGUCAUGGAGAUGGAGAGUCCCGUGACUCCCAUCCCCAUUGAUUUCGGCAGAGGCGCACGGGAUCAUCCCGUCGCCUCUGGUCGCACCAGAGAGGCCUCAGUGCCGAACCCCGGGGCCGAGUCCCCCUCCGUCCUCUUCGACAAAGGGGACGACUCCAAGUCGGUCUUCGACCCGGCUUCCCCGUCGUUUGGGUCCCGACGCGGGGGGGACUCGAGCAGCAGCAGGAGCAGCAGCCUGGAGCUGGAGCACUCCAGCUUCCUCCUGGACGCCUCAGCCGACAUUGAGGCAAACACCAUCGCGGCCGGCGCCUACCACCGCCGUUGCCAGCGAUGCCUCAAGGUGGUGCCGCGGUCGCGGGCGCUCAGCCACCUGAAGAGCCACCGCAUCAACAACAACGGGUGCGUGGUGGCCCGCGACCGCAGAUGCAAGCGCUGCGACAAGCUUGGCAUCAACUGCAUCGUCGCCAGGCACCCGGGCGCCGAGAACAUCAACACCCUCUGCUGCCUCGGGUGCAUGAUGCACGGCAAGAGGUGCUCCAUGGUGCCCCAGCGCGCCACGGCUGCUGCUCAGGUCGCCAGCCCCGAGGCGAUCCACCCGGCCCUGCUCACUCUUUCCCGAUGA